CGUAGUUGUUUUCGUUGCCGUCGAAAACUAAUCUGCCAUCUUACUCCAUUCGUGCCGCUCAUAACCUGUUGCAAUUGUACUUUUAUGGUCUUCCAUAGUUGGAGGGAAAAUACUUUAUGCCCUCUCUUUCUGUAUACAUAUUUAUUUAUGGCAUAGACUCACCAGGUAUCACAAAUCCCGUAAUACCACAGAACAGAGAAACGCGCCCUUACAGGUUAUUGGUCUUGGAGGAUCACGUGCCCCUCCUCUCGCUAACAAGCUUCAAAAUAGUUUCUUUCGGCUUGUCCCUUUCGGGGUCCUAAAAUAAAACAAAAUAUGAGAACGUAAUUCAACAAUAGGCUCCCCUUUCUUCGUACCUGUGGUGAUUAAAAUCAAGUUUUAACCUGAAUAAUUACUGAAAUGGAAUGCACGACAAAAAUUUGCUAGAUGAAUAUAAUGUACGUAUUUAAAACAUAUGCAAGGUUCCACCGAGAUUUGAACUCGGAUCGCUGGAUUCAGAGUCCAGAGUGCUAACCAUUACACCAUGGAACCCAUACACUACAAAAUCUUAGCUGCAAUUAAAUAAAUCAGGUUGUGACACAGGCUGGCGGAGGAGACGCAAUAAUAAUUAGGGUUGCCAAAAAAGAAAGCCAGAAGCGGAACAAAUAAAUGAUGCUCCGUUGCUUAGGGUUCUCCAUUCGGAUGGACACGGGCUGCUAGCAAACAAGUUUGUUUACCAUUAAUUUCAAUUUUGUUACCAUUGAUUCCUCUAAACAAAUCCGUUGCCCAUGCGAGUAAUAUAUGUUUUGUAAAACGUCAAACUCACAGUUUUGUACUCAAUUUAAGGUGUUAUCUUUCAAUCGGGUUAUUUUUAGUAUAUGUAGCUAACAUUAGAAGAUAAGAAGCUAGUCACGUAACUUCAGCAAUUCCACUAGCAUCCAUUAAUCAUCUUAAUGACAUUUAGUGUCAGUUAAUUACUUGGUUAUUAUUAGUGGUAUUUGACCUGCGUCGAAACGAAUAGCGGAAUGUUUUGAUGGUAACCAUCCAAGAUUAUGUGUUAUCUAGUGAAAUCUUUUAACGGCGUGUCGAGACCGGAAUCUCGAGCUCGUGUUGCAACGCAGGAAAGGUACAAUGUAGCAACACCGAUUUGAUUUCAGGAAGUGGAGUCAUGAAUGGCCGAAGCGCCAAUUGCAUAGAUUUUUGUUGCACUCUGUCCCUCUGAGUCAACAUUUCUUCUUUUUUAAUCUCAAAAUGCCUGGAAUGGUGGUUUUUGGUCGUCGGUGGGGGAUCGCCAGUGAUGAUCUUGUUUUCCCUGGAGCAUUCGAAUUGUUCAUCCGCCUACUUUGGUGGAUUGGCACCCUCAUCCUGUACACCAAUCACAAGGGCCAUUUUGAUUGUAACGGGAAAAGUGUUCUUCACAUCUAUCUAAUUGGAUUGUUAGUGGUGCUGGCACUUAUCAUCCUUUCACUAUGUGCCAUUGUAUAUGUCAGUGCUCAAGGUACUAUAACAAACCCUGGGUCACGACGUUCCAUGCCUACCCUGGUGUACUUGCGAGCUCUCCUGUACCUCCCUGAGCUGGUGUGGGCCUGUCUGGGUGCUGUGUGGGUGUCUGAUGACGGCAAAUGUUGUGACCCUGCGACCGUCGGUGCUGUCAUCGCAGCAGUAGUUGCAAGUUGGAUCAUCCUGCUAUUCACAGCUCUCGGUGUAAUAUUCGUCUUUGACCCGUUGGGCAACCCUCGGCCUUCCGCUGCUGCCAUGGAGCCACUGGGAGUGCGACAUCUUGAGAGCAAUGGGGGAACUCAGUUCCUUUCCUCAGCACGCUCGCUUGCCGUCAAAGUGUGGGAAAGCAGACUUCGACUUCUGUGCUGUUGUCUGCCGCAAGAUGAAAGCAACAGAGCGGCUUUUUCCAGCAUCUCGCAACUCGUCAGCGGAUUCUUCUUGGACACAGAUUUGGUUCCCAGCGACAUUGCUGCUGGUUUGGCUUUACUGCAUCAGGAACAGGACAAGAUGGAGAGAAGCAGAGACCCAGAGCUCACCGUAGAUCACAGUCCAUCCUCUCCCAUUGAAGAAGAUUUGGAGUCAGAGUUGGAAAGAGCUGUCCACUGUAUGCACUUUGCUGCUGCAGCUUAUGGCUGGCCUUUAUACAUUUACUCCAACCUUCUCACUGGGCCUUGCAAACUUUGUGGAGACUGUUGUAGGAGCCGUGCUGCUGAGUAUGACAUUGUUGGGGGAGACCACCUCGGCUGUCAUUUUUCUUCCAUCCUGGAAAGUACCGGAUUGCAGUACAGAGACUUUGUUCAUGUCAGCUUCCACAAUCAGAUAUAUGAGAUCCCCUUCUUUGUGGCUUUGGAUCACAAGCGCGAGUCCAUUCUUGUAGCUGUAAGAGGAACACUGUCAUUGAAGGAUGUCCUGACUGACCUUUCUGCUGAAUGUGAGAACCUGACGAUAGAUGGCGUUACUGGAGCUUGCUAUGCUCACAAGGGUAUCAGCCAGGCUGCAUCUUAUAUCUACAGGAAGCUGGUCAACGAUGGAAUCCUCAAUCAAGCAUUCUCCAUUGUGCCAUACAAACUGGUCAUUACUGGUCACAGCCUGGGUGCUGGUGCAGCUGCAGUGCUGGCAAUCCUAUUGCGCAACUCCUUUCCUACCCUGAAGUGCUAUGCCUUUUCUCCACCAGGGGGACUCAUGAGCAAGGCCUUAGCUGAUCAUUCCAAGGACUUUGUCGUCUCUGUUGUGCUGGGAAAAGACCUGGUUCCACGAUUGAGUCUUCCUAAUAUGGAGGAUCUGAAACGAAAAAUACUCAAGAUAGUCUCAAAUUGCAAUAAACCAAAAUACCGCAUCCUACUGCAGGGAUGCUGGUAUGAACUGUUUGGAGGCAACCCAGAUGACUUUCCCUCAGAAAUGGAGAACAGGAGGGAGGAGGAGCUUAGUCAGCCCCUGCUUGGUGAAGAAUCUCUUUUGAUUCGCCACUCGUCAUCCUAUCAAAGCCUGGCGUCGGACGACUCACCUGUCCACACUCUGCCACACAUGCCUCUCUUCCUGCCCGGACGUGUUCUACAUAUUAUAGAAGAUGGGCCCACACGCAGAUCCUGUAUAUCACAGGUCCGAUACCGUGCCGAGUGGUCGAAUGAAAUGGCAUUCGGGAGUAUUUUGAUCAACCCCAGGAUGCUUGUGGAUCACAUGCCGGAUGCUGUGCUUCGAGCUCUCAAGAGCUUGACCAGUGACAAGCCCUAUUCCCUCUGCCCAUCAUCCUCAGACCAGUAUGACCACAACGUGGUCUGAGUGUACUAUACAACCAGGCCUCUCUUGAUCAAAUCCCAUUUAAUUUGGAAGCCUUUCUACACAUACAUUCGUUCUAUGUCCUAAGUCCUGUUCCUCUGCCUAUAUUUUUUCUGGGGCUUCACAAUUGAAUUGAAACUCCAUUGUAGUUGCAAUCAGACAAGAAAAUUACUUUUGAUUUAAGAAAGGCACAUUGUUUUUUUUUUUUUAUAUUUGCACUUUUCAUUUUUUUAAAUUCUGAUCAUGCUUUAGAUCCACCUUUUUGUGACUGCGUUUUUAUUGGUGUGAUCUCAAUAUCCUACAUGUAUGAUAUUUAUCAGUGGUUUAUCUUCCCUGUAAAUAUGUGGUUUGUGUGAGUGAUCUCGGUGACUGCCCGAGCCGAACACUGAAAGUGACCACUUGUUUUCCUCGUUGGUUGGGAACGAUUAACGAUAAGAGUGUAGUUGGGGCAACUUCAGUCUGAAAGUGUAAAUGUUGAGCUUUCUUUGUACAGUAAUUGUGAUUCUUUUCCUGUUUCCAAAGACGUCAGGGUGAACAGUGCCUAUGCUUUUCAGGGAAAAGGAGACGUCAAAUCGUUUUGACAGAAAAGGAAAACCAUGUGUUGCUCAGACUUUCUCCAAAUGAUGUUCAGUUAUGUGUGGUGCAAAUAGAGCAAGACUGAAGAGUUUCAAAAUCUGUGCAUACUGACAUACUAUUGACUUUUUGUUCCUCUUACCAAAAAGACAGUACAGUGUUAAGGUUUGAAUUCAACGUCUAAACAUAUCUCAUUGAACUGCAAAUAAAAGCUUUUGUGGAAUGUACGGCACUGACUGCCAGCUAUU